AUGUCCCGGUUAUUGAAUUGCACCGGCUCCUGCAUGCAAGACCCUUCCAUGCUUCUGGUUAUUAGUGCGGUGCUUAUGAGAAUCUUGACCUUCUAUGGGGUCCUCUACGAGUCACAAAUUGGCAGAGUACCUACAGACACGCGGGAUGGCGAAUGCUCAUCUUCGCAGCAUUCGGACAGCAACCAUGGCAUCUCUACAGUGCUGUCGCUGUCUGAGAGAAGAGGUCCGCUAGUCAUUCCAAAUCUCAAUCUCCCUCGCGACACCGAGACGAAGAUGAAGACCCAGCCGCUUCUUUGCGAGUUGCAGACAUUAUCGGGUAUGCUAGGCCUUCGAGCGAUACAGAAUGCCGAAAUGGCUGAAUAUGACCCUAAGCACAUACUAUAUAAAUUGGGCAAUCUGAAGCGGAUAUUGAGUGUGGUGUGUACGGAAUGA